UGUCAGUGUGUGUCAGUGUGUGUGUGUGGGUGUGUGUGUGUGUGUGUGUGUGUGACUGCGAGGCGAUCUAAAAACACUAGAGAUGAUUUCGGCACAUGUUGAAAUGUAGUAAUAUAACGGAGAGAAAAAGAGGAAAUGAGUCUUUCCGUGGUCGCUUCUUCUGCUUUAGCGAGUUUAAUUGUGUAGGACCGCCAGAGGAUAACAGUAAGCUAUUUAGAGAUUAGAGGUCAGGCGAGAUGAGGGACCGACUGGGUGAGCUGCAGACCUUCAACACCAAGCUUGCAGGAGAGCAGGACAGGCCUGAGGGUGACCAGGAGGGCCAGGACCACACCACCGAGGAUGAGGAACUGGAGCAACACACCAUCGUGUUUGAGGGAGAGGAUGUGAUGGACAGCAUCUACAAAGAGGCCCAGGCGUUGAGGAAGGAGAUGCUGCUGCUCAAAAUGGACGUGAAGCGUCUUGGGAAGCAGAACACCAGGUUCCUCACGUCUGUCCGGAGGAUCAGCAGCAUCAAACGGGACUCCAACGCACUCGGACGGGACAUCAAGGCCAGGGGGGAGGCCAUUUACGCUCGGCUGGAGAAGCUGGGGAAGCUGAGCAAAGAGCUGGAGGAGGAGCACGGGCCUACAUCAGCUUUGGCUCGCAUGGUGCGUUCACAGUGUAAUUCUCUAAACAACGCCUUCCACAAUGCCAUAUCUGAGUACAACGAGGCUGAGAUGGCCCAGAGGGAGAACUGCAAGACCCGCAUCCAGAGGCAAGCCGAGAUCAUGGGUAAGGAGGUGAGCAGGGAGCAGAUUGAUGAGAUGAUCGAGACGGGCAAGUGGAAUGUCUUCUCGGAUAAUCUCCUCCUGGAGGGAAAGACUGCCAGAUCUGCUCUCAAUGAGAUCGAGAACCGGCACAAGGAGCUGCUGGAGCUGGAGGGCCGCAUCAGGGACAUUCAUGAGCUUUUCUUCCAGAUGGCCCAGCUGGUGGAGGAGCAGGGCUGCAUGCUGGACAACAUAGAAGCAAAUGUAGGUGCCACUCAGGACUAUGUCGUCAAGGCCACAGUUCAGAUCAAGAAGGCUGUGAAAUACAAGAAAAACAAUCCAUGCAAGAAACUCUUUUGUUGUUGCUUCCCUUGCUGCAAUUAAGACAGCAUCAGUGUUAUUUUCCCCACUCCAUGUCAUGAUUAGAUUAGAGUCAGCUUUUCACACCACACUCUCGGCCAUAUGCAAAUGUAUACAGUGAGAUACGGGUGUUACAUUUCCUGAUCAUUACUGAGAAAAGCAUUUGCAUGAUAACUUUUAAGACAUCUUUAAUUCAAUGCAUACAUCUCAGCUCUGUCUUUUAACGUUCAGCUUUAAACUUUGUAAUGUUAUAAUGAAGAUAAUUUAAGUAAUGUAAAUAAGUAUAUAGACUACAGUUUUCUCAGCCUGAAAUGUAGCUGCUCUGUAAACUGGAACUUGAAGUAGGUCUUUUUCUUAGUACAGCCAUUGCUUAACAAGUCUUAAGACAUACACAGCACACAGCCCAGCCUCUGAUUGUGGUUAGCUGGGGAGGCGUGAUAGAUUUGUGUGAAUGGUGCAACUACAUGUCGGCCACCCCCAUGUAUAGGCAUCACUAGUUGGUAAGCCAGGGCUUCGUGUUUCUCAAGAUUUGUUGCUUCAAAUGAAAGAGCACGCUUUUAUUGCCUCCACUUUUCAGAGAUUAAACAGUGUCGUCUUCGAUCACAUGCUUUCCUGUAGCUUCACUGAGUAUGCCCAUCACUGGCACACAGUCAAAGUCAAUCAAAGUCAAUCAGAUUUGCGUCAUCGGGCAGGUUUUCUAAGAUUGUUACAUACAAAAGGGCGCCAGAAUCAAUGUGUACUUGGGUGUUUGUUUAGGUAGUCAAUAGGGAAUGGGAAAUGAAUCAGGUCAGUCUAGGCUACUGUCUGUUUGCACAGCAGCAGGCAUAUUUCAUUGUCCUUUGAGUGUAAUGAUUGUAAAAUUAAAAAAGACAUAUAUUUU